AUGGUGAAGCCAUACAUCCCUCCUCUGCCAUAUCCUCAAAGAUUUCACAAGGAGAGCAAGGAUCAACAGUUCCCAAAGUUCUUAGAAGUGUUUAAGAAGCUGGAGAUUAAUAUUCCACUUGCUGAAGCAUUGGAGCAGAUGCCUCUAUAUGCAAAGUUCUUAAAAGAACUCAUAAACAAGAAGAGAAGCUGGCAUGAGAAGGAAACCAUCCUCUUGACACAAGAAUGCAGUGCAUUGAUUCAAGAAGGCCUCCCACCAAAGCUCAAAGACCCUGGGAGUUUCUUCUUGCCUUGUACCAUUGGUCACAUAUCCAUUGAUAAAGCACUCUGUGAUUUGGGAUCUAGUAUCAACCUGAUGCCUUUAUCUAUGAUGAGAAGGCUAUUUAUAGAAGAAGUAAAGCCUACACAGAUGUCAUUGGAGCUAGUGGAUAGAUCAGUGGUAAUUUCCAAGAGUGUGGUUGAAAAUCUCUUGGUCAAAAUAGGGAAAUUCAUAUUUCCAGCAGAUUUUGUAAUCCUGGACUUAGGAGAAGUGGGGAAUGACUCUAUUAUAUUGGGAAGACCUUUUCUAGCCACAACAAUGGCCAUCAUUGAUGUGGAAUAA